AUGCUUGCAGCAAUCUGCAUUACAUUCUAUCGUCGCCGCAACGCUAUGGUCGCGCCGAUCUUCCAAUGCUCCUCUCCCGAUCUAUCAGAGAAAGACCCUAAACGCAGCCUUCUCCACAGCGGCCCACUUGACCUACCAUGCGACUUGGAGGCAGAUCUCUUCAGCCCGCACUUUGCCUUGAAUCGCGGAAGUGCCGAGUCGUUGCGCAAAGGAGCGGACCUUGGCUUUAAGCUAUCUACCGUGGCUAACAGGAAUGCGCUCACGCACUCAAUUUCGACCCUGGGAGCUCCCCUCUCGCCCUCGCGCCCGCGCUUCUUCAAGGUCGAAUCGCAGAGCGGGAGAGAAAUCGGGGUCGAGAUGCGCGUUACGCCGCCGACACCGCAUGAAUCUUGCACUGGCAGCCCCAACUCGGGACUCCCCACGCAUAAAUCCGAAUUCAGUAUUCGUCGCAUGAAAUUUGGAUCUUUUGGUAGCGGGCUACCUGUGACUCAGAGUAUAGCGGAAUCGAAGUGGUGGUUCCUGUAA